GUUAUUGCCAUUUUCUUGCCCCCCAUAUUCUAUCAUCCCAUCGUUAAGUCCCGGGGGCUCUAUGUCCAGGUCUCUCUCUCCUCUCUCUGCCUCUCUCUGCUUCUCUCUUUUUCUCCCCACCCUCUGUCGCUUUAUCCUUCCCUCUGUCUAGGCUGGGCUUCUCUCCUGUCUUCCACUGUGAACUAUCAAUAGCCCCUUCGAUACCGGUUCCCUGGCCUUCUAGAACUGCUCAACAGUCGAGCACCAAUAUGGCGCGCGGCCGUCUCUCUGUCCUCGCCGCCUGCCUAUUUUUGCACAGCUUGGCCAGUUGUCAACAUUUGGCAUACGACUAUGGAUUUGACGUGAGCCGACUCGUUAAACGCCAGGAAGUACCAUUCGUCGUGCGUAGCUUGCCGAGCGUGAAUGGGACGUGGCCCGUCAGGCAAGAGAUCCGACAACUUGAGAAGAAUAAGGAGCAGUGGACUCUCUACAUCCUGGGGCUCAGUAUGAUGCAGUUCUGGGACCAAUCCGAGCCACUGUCAUGGUACCAGAUCUCAGCAAUACAUGGAGCGCCGUACCAACCCUGGGGUGGCGUACAACCCACUCGGGGCAACCAGAAUUCUGGCUACUGCAAUCAUAUCUCCAUUCUGUUCCCGACCUGGCACCGCCCUUACCUUGCCCUGUUCGAGAAUGUACUCUACGAUGUGAUCCAGGAAAUUGCCUCGCUCUGGUCGAACGAAGAAGACAAGAAUCGAUAUCAAGCUGCCGCCGCCGCUUUCCGCAUCCCGUACUGGGAUUGGGCAGCAGACCCCCCCGAGGGAGAGAGCAUCCUUCCCAGAAGCACCUGGGAAAGCCAAGUCAUUGACGCUGAUGGCCCCAAUGGAGUGCAGCAGAUCUCGAAUCCGCUCUUCGCCUACAAUUUCCACCCGUUGGACACUAAAGGGUUCCCCUUUUCUCCAUGGAAUGUUUGGAAAUCCACAAUGAGAGCCCCAACUGACGACGAUGAAUCGGCGGAAUCCAACAAUACGCUGGUUGCCAUGGGUCUGGAUCAGAACCUUGCCUCCGUUCAACAACGGCUUUACACGCUGUUUUCAAACUAUCAUAACUACACGACUUUCAGCAACGAAGGCCGCGGUCCCGGCUCCCCUGCGUUUGCGUUCGAUUCACUCGAGUCACUCCACGACACAGUCCAUAGUCUGGCGGGUGGGACAAAGGGCCAUAUGGCUGUAGUCCCAUUUUCCGGAUUCGAUCCUUUGUUUUACCUGCACCAUGCUAUGGUUGACCGUAUCCUGACCAUUUGGCAAGCUCUCUAUCCCGAUUCAUGGGUAACCCCUGAGGUGGCACGUUCGGCCACGUUCACAAGCUCGGUAGGCCAGAUCCAAACCUCGACAACGCCAUUGACGCCUUUUUAUGCCAGUCCCGACGGUGUUUUUUGGAACUCCGACAUGGUCCGCGACCCACUUGCGUUUGGGUACACCUAUGCUGAAGUUGCUGGCCUCUCCCUGGGAGGACAGAAUAUCGACAGCCGGGCCCAAUCCAGUGUCAAAUUGGCAAUAAAUCGGCUCUACGGCUCGUCAAGCCCACGGAGUCUUGUCGGGCUUGCAAAUGUCAGGAACGUGGAAGUCGGCCCAGGCGCGGUUCGGGAAGCAUCUACAACCUCCAUACCGAGCAGGUCAGUCAUCGUUCACAACAAGUACCGCGAAUGGAUCGCGAAUAUUCGGGUCAAGAAGCAGUCGUUGGACGGGACAUUCUUCAUUCACUUUUUCCUCGGCAGCGUGCCCGAGGAACCGAAAUCUUGGACACAUGCGUCGACCCUUGUCGGCACAUUGAGUGUCUUCGCAUCCCCGGUCCAGCAGGGGAUGGUCAUGAAUGAUCCCGACACGGCAGGAACUGUUCCCUUGACGGCUGCCCUUGUGAAGCUGGCAAUGGCCGGUGCUCUGCCCGAUCUCGAGGCCGCAGUUGUGAAGCCAUACCUUCAGCGGAAUCUUCAUUUUACCAUCAUCGGGGCGAACGGGACGGUUUUUGAUACGGCCGAUGUUGUCAGUCUCCAUAUCCAGAUUGCCAGCUGCAGCGUCCAAGUGCCUGCAUCUGACGAGGAACUUCCCACAUGGGGUCAAUCGGUCACCCACUUCGACCUGGUCUAGAGCUUCUCUGCAUGAUUCUCGGGGUGAGGAAAGGGGAUACAUGGGAUUAUUGUUACAGCUUUUAUCGACUAGAGAGUAUUGAUGGUUUUUCAUUCUUCCCUUUUGUGAGAAUGCUCCAAUUGCAAGUGCCGGCACGGUAUCCGAAAUGCUGAUUAAGUACAGACGUAGUACGAAAGGAAUAUCUAUCAGACACCCGCCCAUGCGACAUCGCAGGACUACUUAGGACCAGUAGGUAUCUCUUCAAUACUUCGUAGUCAAGGCAAAACCCUAAUACAAUGGAUAAUAUUUUAUUUAUCUCGUUUAACGGGAACUUGGACUCCCAGAGUCCACCGGAAGAAGUCCUGCUCGCUGUGAUGGAUAGGUGAUGGAUGUUGGGGAAGUUAUUCCGAAGUGAAGUUGGUCAUUAGCUCGCGGUCUCGGGGCUUGGGCGGGCCACGAUGUCCC